AUGAGUUCGACCAACAAAUCAUCGCUACUGUUCUCUGAGCUGACACUCCGUGGCAUAACCCUCAAGAACCGGAUAGUGGUGUCGCCGAUGUGCACCUAUAGCUGCGAGGACGGUAUGGUCAACGACUGGCAUUUAGUACAGUACGGCUCGUUCGCCACGGGUGGGGCCGGUCUAGUCGUAUGCGAAGCUACCGGUGUGGAGGCCAGGGGUCGGUUAGCCCCUCAGUGUCCCGGUCUGUGGAAAGACGAACAAAUCGAGCCCUGGAGUCGAGUGACCCGUUUCCUGAAAUCCCAGGGCUGUGUCCCCGGCAUACAAAUCGCACACUCCGGUCGAAAGGGUAGUACCGUUCCCACGUGGGUCGGCAGGAACUCCAUCCAUGAUAAGGACGGCGGGUGGCAGACCAUUGGACCUACGGCUGAGGCGUUUGGCGCCGACGUGUGGAAAGUGCCCAAAGAGGCCACCGUUGAGGACAUACACCAAAUCAAGGAGGCGUUUGUGGCCGCAGCUAAUCGCGCCGUUAGGGCUGGUUUUCAGGUAAUAGAGCUGCACUUCGCGCACGGCUACCUCGUGAGCACAUUCCUAUCGUCGGCCACAAACAAGCGCACCGACAGCUACGGCGGAUCCCUCGAGAAUCGCAUGCGAUUGGGUCUGGAGAUCGCGGAAGGGGUUCGUAAGACUCUGCCCGAGGCUGUAGUCCUGGGCGUCAGGGUUUCGGUGACCGACUACACCGACAACGGAUGGGAUGUCACACAGACCCAGGAGUUCGCCAAACGCCUAAAGGCGCUGAACAUUGAUUUCCUGGACUGUAGUUCCGGUGGUUUGGUAUCUGACGUCAACUAUAACUGCCUGAACACCAAUGAAGUUCACAUCAAGUCGGCGGCGCUCAUACAGCGAGAGGUGGGCAUACCUACCGGUGCUGUCGGCAAGAUAACUGACCCGCACUUCGCGGAGCAAAUACUACAAGAGGGCGGAGCGACUCUCAUAUUCAUCGGUAGGGCGUUCCUAAACAACCCUCACUGGCCCUACGAGGCGGCCGACGCCCUGGCAAGUGAGCACACCUUCAAAUACCCGGAUCAGUACGACUGGUGUAUCGGUUGGAAAGGGUUCGCCAAAUGGCGAAAAGAUAUACAUAAGGAUCGCAAUAAUAAUUAG